UUUUGUCAUUCUGUUGGUGGGUGAUUUGCCGAAAAAGCAUUUAGUUCGCUUUGUUUCGGAACGCAAAAUAAGGUAGAUUUAAUUCGGCUGAAAGCAGUGAAAUCGAUUGGUUUUUGUGAAACGUUUGACCCCCCAGCGUAAGAAAAAGGAAGCAAUCCAGAAAGAUGCCAUCGGAGACGAGUACGACGAAGGUGAUUGUCCACCCGCUGGUGCUGCUAAGCGUAGUGGAUCACUUCAACCGGAUGGGCAAAAUUGGCAACCAAAAACGGGUCGUUGGAGUUCUGCUCGGGUGCUGGCGGGCCAAGGGGGUCCUGGAUGUGUCCAACAGCUUUGCGGUCCCCUUCGACGAGGACGACAAGGACAAGUCGGUCUGGUUCCUCGAUCAUGACUAUCUGGAAAACAUGUACGGCAUGUUCAAAAAGGUAAAUGCUCGCGAACGCGUCGUCGGCUGGUAUCACACCGGUCCGAAGCUGUGCCAGAACGAUAUCGCAAUCAAUGAGCUGAUCCGCCGUUACUGUCCGAACUCGGUGCUGGUCAUUAUCGAUGCCAAGCCGAAAGAUUUAGGUCUACCGACGGAGGCGUACAUUGCCGUGGAGGAGGUUCACGAUGAUGGAUCACCAACGUCGAAGACGUUCGAACACGUUCCGAGCGAGAUCGGAGCUGAAGAAGCGGAAGAAGUGGGCGUUGAACAUCUGUUGCGUGACAUCAAGGAUACCACAGUGGGAAGCUUGUCGCAGAAGAUCACCAAUCAACUGCUGGGUUUGAAAGGUCUCAACGCCCAACUGAGGGAUAUCAAGAACUACUUGCUUAAAGUGGGCAACGGACAGCUCCCAAUUAACCACCCCAUCGUAUAUCAGCUUCAAGAUAUCCUUAAUCUCCUGCCGGACAUCACACAGGAAACGUUCACCGAUACUCUGUACGUGAAAACGAAUGACCAGAUGCUCGUGGUAUAUCUGGCUUCGCUUGUCCGAUCAAUUAUCGCGCUGCACAAUUUGAUCAACAACAAACUGACGAAUCGUGAUGCCGAAGAGGGCAAGAAGACUGACGAUUCGAAGGAUAAGAAGGAUGCUAAGGAUAAAAAUGAUAAGGAAGGCGACAAAGAUAAGAAAAAGGAUGAUAAGGACAAGAAAGAUGAUAGUAAGGGAGAUAAGACGAAAGACGAAAAGAAGAAGUAAUGUUUAGGAGAAGUUUUUUGGCACUUUUGAUUUGUCACUUAAUGUAAAAUCAUACUUUAACUGAUUAAAAUCGUAUAUAACAUUAA